AUGGGAGUUUGUACUUCUUCAUCUACAAAAAAUAAUUAGAAAUAAAAGAAACUUUAACCGGAAACCUAAGCAAAUCAAUAAAUUUCAUUAGUUUCAGCAUAGAAAAAUAAUACAAACUAAUUGGAAGAGCUUAAUUUAAAUAAAAAAGCUUUAACUGCCCAAAGGAACCAUUCUCCUAAUAAAACAACAACUCCAGUAUAAAUUAAUUCAAUAAAAAAUGGUACAAUGAGUAUUAGAAGAGCUUCACAUGCUACAACUACUACAACAAAAACAUUGAUUGUCUAACCUUCUUUAUUAUAAGAGUAGCAAUAAAUAAAGAGAUCAUCAUUAUUGAAUGUUCCUUAUAAAAGAAACAGUAUUAGAUAAGGAACUAAAACUCUUCAAGUGUCUGCCUCUAGAAACUAUUCAAUAGUGUCAAGCAAAAAUUUAGGUAUGAUAUGAUGUAUAACAUAGCAGAAAAUUUAGGCAAAACGGUAAUGUAACAUAAUGAAACAGGCUAAUUAGUUUAAGUUGAGUUACUUAAGUUUGAUAGUAAGAAUCACUAAUAUAUUGAGAAAUUGGAAGAAAUUAAACUGGUAAGCAGAUUAAUAAUUUAGGAUAAUAUGCAUAUUGUAAAAAUAAUUGACGUUCUUGUUGAUCAUUAAAAAAAAACAUAUUAAAUAAUGUAUGAAUGUUGUUCAGGAGGUUCUUUAUCUAAAUACAUAGAAAAUCGUAAAUAUGAUGAUCAAUAAAUUGGAAUAAUAUUUUAUCAAAUGAUUGAAGCAUUAGCUUAUAUACAUUCUUUAGGAUUAAGUCAUGAUGAAUUAACAAUUGACAGUUUCUCAAUCUUUGAUGAUUCCUCUACACCAUUUAUCAAAUUAUCUAAUAUCAGAAGCAUUUAUUAAUUAAUAUAUCCAAAAAAUGCUCAUCUUUAUGAAGAUCCAUUAUAAUCAAAGCAUUAAAAUUCUAACAAUAAAUAUAAUGAUCGUAAUCCUAUUGAAAUUAAAACCAAAAAUUAAUGUAGUGAUGUUUGGGCAUUGGCAAUUAUAAUACUCUAAUUAAAAAAUAAAGAAUUACCUUAUGAUAUUUCAGAAAUUCAUUCAUUCAAACCUGAAUAUUAUUUAAAUAAAUAUCCUUCAGAGAUGAAUUCAUUAUUACUUGAAAUGUUACACAUCAAUCGUCAUGAUAGAAUUAGUUUAAAAUAAUGUUUGGAACAUCCAUUCCUCAUUAAGAUGAAAUAAGUUUAACCAUAAGAUUUAUUACAACCGUUAAAAAAUAUGAUAAAAUGUAAGAAUAUGACCUAUUUACAUAAAUGUAUAUUUUAGUAUCUACUUCAAAAUUAUGCUAAUGAUCAUUUAAAAGUCUUAACCAAAUUAUUUAUUACAGCUGAUAUUAAUUCAGAUGGAAGUUUGAGUUUAGAAGAAUUAAAAGAAUUAUUUUCACUUGAAGGUAAGGAUUUGAUUGAUCAAUUAAAUCUAUAAAAAGAUCUCACUUUAGAUGAAUUUCUUCUAUCAGCUUCUAAUAAAGAUAUUAUUUUAACUUAAGACAUUAUGGAAUCUAGUUUUAAAAUUCUAUCUAGAUAAUCAAAUCUAAUCACUCCAAAAUCAUUAUAUAAAGUAAUAGAUAAUAUUAAUGAAUUAUAAAUUCUUUAAGAUUUUAAAUCAUUUAAUCUCAAUGAUGGUGUAAGAAUAUUAUAUUUAUAUUAUAUAUAGUUAAAUCUAUAAGAGUACAUAGAAUUCAUAUUUAAUUAUGAAACACCAAUUCCAAUAGAUUGA